AUGGGACUUUAUCCUAAAACUUACAAUCAUCAGCCUUCAAACUCUGAUAUCUCAACCAGAUCAGCCUUUCGGACUAACAGGGAUCGUUCCAGUCUCCUUAGCGUAAUCGGUUUCGCGGCCAUCACCUUCGUUUUUUAUCAAUCAAUCAUACCAUCUCAACGUCAUCCUUGGAAUAGCAUUCAAACUAUUCUGACCGACCUCGUUUCUCGCCCAUUCAACUUUGGUCUCAUAUUUCCUUCCUCAGCACCAACCAGUGAACAUGACUUCGUUCUGGGGUUCUCAGCGUCUUCGAUUCAAACUAUCGUCCGUCGAUAUACGUCGAGGUCUCAUCUUGCGGGUACUUCCGGCGACGAACACACUGCUUCAUUGACUCAAGCGACUUGGGAGAAGUUACUUGGAAUCAAAGCCCAGGGAGAUACGCACGUCUUUGAUGCGGGGACACGACGAGCUCGAAAGAUGUUAUACAGCAAAGGAUCGAAGCCCCGAGUUUGGACUGAUCGUUACUAUCCACUUGUUACUUUCCCUGGAAAUGAAAGUUUGAUCGUCUUACGGAACGCGACCUCAAAUACUACCAUCUUCACCGCAUCCCUCUUCGAAAACGCUCACCAGACUGAUCCAACAGCUAGAAAUGGUUCCGCUCAAUUUCCAGCAUUUCAUGGCUUUAGCCACCCGGGCAAAGCUUCAGGAUCGCUGGUGUAUGUUAACUACGGUCGUCUGGAGGAUUUCGAACGACUUCAGGCUAAUGGAAUCAGUGUCAAGGAUCGGAUUGUACUGGUACGAUAUGGCGAAAUAUAUCGAGGUCUGAAAGUGUCGUUCGCCGAACAGUUUGGCGCCAAGGGAGUGAUCAUAUACACAGAUCUCGCAGAAGACGGGGCUUCAAUGGCAGGCCAGGUUACAUAUCCUGAUGGUCCAGCACGUGAACAAUCUAGCAUUCAACGUGGAAGUGUUGAAAAUCUUUCAAUGCAACCUGGUGAUCCACUCACACCUUUUAUCCCGGCUUACAAACAUGCUAAGCGUGUAGAACCAAAAAGCAUACCUGGUAUACCAUCUUUACCAAUCAGUUGGAAUGAUGCUCAACCGUUAUUGAAAAGCCUGGAAGGAUUUGGAAAGUGUUUGGGGCACGAUUGGAACGGAUUCGGGCCUUUUGAGUAUUUCACUGGCCCUUCUAAUGACACCAAUGUUCAAAUCGUCAACGAUGUCACCAACGAGGUGGCAACGAUUUGGAACACGUAUGCAUUGAUACCAGGGCACAUAACGGACGAGGUGGUUGUGAUUGGAAAUCAUAGAGAUGCCUGGAUCUUUGGCGCUGGGGACCCCAAUAGCGGCACUGCGGUGAUUACCGAAAUCCUCAAGUCCUUUGGAAACUUGAUGAAGAUCGGCUGGCGUCCACGCCGAAGUAUCCUGUUUGCCAGCUGGGAUGGUGAAGAACUAGGAUUGAUUGGCUCUACGGAGUUCGUUGAAGAUCAUCAGAAAUGGAUCAAGAGAAAUGUAGCUGUUUACUUAAAUACUGAUAUCAGUGCUGCGGGUUCCCAACUUGACAUUGGCGCUUCACCCUCGCUCGUCCCAGUUUUCCUCGAUGUAUCAAAGAAAAUUGAAGACCCAGAAGAUGAUCAGCGUACUUUAUACGACCGCUUAGCAUCUCAGCAAAAUUCUACAAAUGAGAUAUCCAUAGGUCCAUUGGGUUCAGGAAGUGAUUUUACACCUUUCCUUCAACACGUUGGCAUCGCAUCAGCCGAUGCAGGGUUCGGUCCUGCAGAUGGGGAUCCAGUGUAUCAUUACCACUCGAUCUAUGACUCGACGUAUUGGAUGGAAAAAUUUGGCGAUCCGGGCUAUAAGCGACAUCUUGCGGUAGCUCGGCUGCUCGGUUUGGUAACAUUGCGUUUUGCUGAAUCAAAAGUUUUACCAAUUGACUUGAAAGCCUAUGGUAAAGCUUUGAAAGGUUAUAUCAAUCAUUUACCCACCUCAAAAGAAGUUGAUUUUACAUCAUUGAGAAAAGCUGUUGAUAAUCUCUGUUUAGCUAUAGAGCAUGUAAAACCAAAAAAGAUAAGAAGGUAUAAUAAACUUUUGAAAUCGUUUGAGAGUGGGUUUAUUGAUCUAGUUGGUUUAAGAGGUCGAGCUUGGUAUCGGAAUUUGAUUAUUGCACCUGGGAUUAAUUUGGGAUAUGGAGCUACACCUCUUCCGGGUUUGAAUGAGGCUAUUAAAAUUUAUAAAAAUUCAAGUUUAGCUACUAUAGAAUUAAAUCGAGUUGUGAAAGUGAUUGAUAAUAAUAGGAAAAAAGUGAAUGGAUUAAAUCAAAAAAUAUACUGUUUGAAAAAACAUCGUCAUGCAAAUUAG